ACAAAUGAAAACCGUUGCAAAGACAUUUUUCAGAGAGUUUCUAUGACCAGUCCUUGAUAGACUUGCUGUGUUAAUAAGCUCGGAGACAGAAACCCUAGGAGCGUGGCCAUAGAAUGCAGCAAGAGAUGGCGUCGGAGGUAUCAACGGUCAUCGUUCCUAGGAGCUUUAGAUUACUAGAAGAGCUUGAAAGAGGAGAGAAGGGAAUUGGUGAUGGAACUGUCAGCUAUGGAAUGGAUGAUGCCGAUGAUGUCUACAUGCAAUCAUGGACUGGAACCAUCAUUGGUCCUUCUCAUACUGUUCAUGAAGGGCGCAUCUAUCAACUUAAACUAUUUUGUUGCCAUGAGUAUCCAGAAAAACCACCAAGUGUCAAAUUUCAAUCGCGAAUAAACAUGAGCUGUGUCAAUCAGGAGACUGGUGUGGUGGAACCUUCUCUUUUUCCAAUGCUUUCUGAUUGGCAAAGAGAUUACACAAUGGAGGAUAUUUUGACUCAACUCAAGAAAGAAAUGACCUCCCCACAGAACAGAAAACUCACUCAGCCUCCUGAAGGAAAUGAUGAGGGGAGGGUGGACCCAAAGGGACUAGUGCUAAGGUGUUGUAUUCUGUUAUUCUGGUAG